AUGACAUCUCCAAGUAACGGUAAUCCGAAACAUGUUUACAUUUACAUGUAUGGUUUUCAAUUUACAUCAUCACAAUUUGUUUAUUUCGAAUGUCAAGCAAAACCAUGUAUACGUUCAUGUAAACGACAGCAAUGUGAAGUAAACAAAACAAUGAUAAUCGAAAAAAUAACAACAACAACAACAACAACAACAAUGGCAGUACCAACAACAACAAUAACAACGGCAAUAGCGAAAACAAUAAAAACAACAAAAUCAGUGAUACGUUUUCGUCGUGAAACUGAAGUAAAAGUAGUAAAAUUACUUACAGUUUUGGAAAUGAGGCCACCACUACAAAUAUAUGCUGAUAAAUUUCAUUCAAAUCCGAAUACAACAGAUUCAAGAUUCAUUUGUCCAUCAUCAUUUUUUCACAUUAUGUUAUUCAUCAUGUUAGGUUUAAUGCCAACAGUAACAUUAAUAGUAUGCUAUGGAAUUAUUCUAUAUCGACGACAGCAAACGCUUCAUGUUCAACGAACAUCCUCAUUUUCCGGAAUUCAUACCGAAUCAGCUUUUAGCUCCGCCAGUGAUAAUUAA